AUGGAAAGUAGACGCUCUUUCCAUCCUCAAAUCGAAGUACGUAGUGAGAAGGCUUCCACAGCUGCCCAACUCGGUCAACGAGUCUCUAACUUGGCCACCAUGGAGGAAAUCUGUGUAAUCUUAUAUUCUGCAUAUUUAGGAGAUGUACUUUUCAGUCCCAUUGCGGUGUCAGCUUUCUUGUGUCUCUUGGUGGCCGCAAGACCACGCUCUCUGGGUCCAUCUGGCACGGCCGUGUACAGCAUAAGGUGGUAUUUUGGGGUCACAGCUGCUCAAUUGGUUUGCAAAAGGCUCAACAGAGGCCCACUGGUGCCCGAACAUGAGCAGCAUACUCUUCAGGCGCCAGUUGGGUGCAGUUUUCUAUAUAUGUGUCCCGGCAACCUCGCUUACUACUUCCAGAAUUCACCGCUAAAUAAAAGUCUGCAGACACAUGGCAUUGCCAGCAAUGAACAGGACGACGAUUUCGGGUACCACGAUCUCCGCCAUUCGCAUCUAAAACUCUAUAAAGCCAGUCAGGGCAAAUUUUCAUCGAAAAGCACGUCGAGCCGUUGUCCACAAUUUCCACUGUUUUUUGGUAGCAAGCACUCUUUAUUUUUGGAGGCCCAAUUUAGUGCUUCCAGAUCGCUAGCUGACCUGCUGCUUCACUUCGAAGACACAAUUUUUACGCUCACAGUUCAACCUUGCCGAUCAACACAUUUCUCUGCUCAACAUACGGUGAUCGGCUUCUUUACUUGCUGCAUCUACGCGGAAUCGCUCACCGUCUACUCUCUGCUCUGGAUGGCCCGCAAAAUAAGGCUUCGUGGACUCUGA